GUAGCUCGCUUGCGUAUGGGCAUUUGUUUGGAUAUCUUAACUUGCUUAGCGCCUAGCGCGCUUCACACUAGGCGUUACUGCUAUCCAUCGCAAUGGCUUUGCUUUCUCGCUGCGGACGAGCACUGCGACGGUCUUCAAUCGGCGCUUCACGCGUCCAGCCCUUCGGCAAUCCUCGGAGGCGCGUUACCCUCAAGUCAACCCCCGCAGCCACCUCCACCUCCGCCCCAGCGGCGCCUCCCAAGACCGGACAGCACACAGUGGAGGAUGCGCUCCGGGACGCUGCGCUGUCGUACUUUUUUGGUGACGUCAGCAGCAAUGGAGCAGGCCUGAAAGUGACGCCCACCACAGGCGGCGUCAACAACGUGGUGCAGUAUGUGGAGACGCCGGACGGACAGCGCUACAUCCUGCGCAUCUACAACAACGGAAACAAGUCCGACAAGGUCCGCUUUGAGCACGAGAUCCUGCGGCAACUGUCGCAGCAGCAGUUGUCCUUCCAGGUUCCCCGCGUGCUGCCCUCCCGGGCGGGUCGGCCCCACGAGCUGCUGUCCAGCGGCGCGGAGUGCUGCGUCUUCCACACCAUACCCGGCAGCCUGGCCAAGACAACCAGCCCCGAGGAGGUGGGUCGGGCCACGGGUGAGCUGUCCGCGGCGAUGUCCCGUGUGGUGCUGCCGGAAGACAUGCGGCCACCCAUCCCGCCGUACUUCGAGCUGUUCAAGGUGCAUCAUGCCAUCGGGGGCGACCCCGAGGUGUUUUACCGGGAGGUGGCGAGCAAUCCGGAGUUCGAUGCGUGCAGGGAGGCCAUUGACUUCCUGGUUUCUGAGAUCCGCAGGAUUCAGACCACCAUUGCCGCCUACUUGCAGCAGGACACGCUACCCAUGCAGCUCAUCCACGGCGACCUGCACUACGACAAUGUGAUGGUGGAGGGCGAGGUGGUUUCGGGGCUCCUGGACUUUGAGUUCUGCGCGCUGGACUGGCGGGCCAUGGAGCUAGCGGUGGCGCUGUCCAAGUAUGUGGGCGAGGAUGACCCGCUGCCGCUGUGCCAGCGCUUCGUCACCGGGUUCGCACAACACGGGCGGCUGACGGAGGCGGAGAUCGCUGCCGUACCGGAUCUGAUCAACCUGCGGAUCUUCUCAAACGCCGUGUACUUCACGGGUCGUGCCCUCGCCGGGGAGGACUCCCUGGAAUCACUCACCUCGCGCGCCGCCUCCUACGCCAAACGAGUGCGGUGGGUCAACACGCACCGGGAGCAGCUGGCGGCGGCAAUCAGGGAGCGCAUGAGCGCGAGCGUGCCGGCGGAGCUGGUGGCGGCUUGAGUAGUGGCAUGUGGGGACGUGUGUGAUUGCGUGAUGGAUGGGGCCAGCGGGUGACCCAUGGGUCGACGCUCGAAGGAGGUGCUGGUGGUUGAGAUGCUGGAAUGCAGGCGGCUGGAACGUGGCACCUUUGGAAACAAAACGAAUACGGCUAGGUCAUUGGAACUUGGCUACUCUGAGCAACAUGUGUGACUCAAGAGCGGCUGGGAUGUUGGGUGCUUCUUCGGGCUCCGCGGGCGUCCAGCAGAGGUGUGAGGUGGGAUGAGGUGGUGUGGAGAGGUGUGGAGAGGCGAGGCAUGAGAGGGAACGAGAAAGAGAGGGUUAAGUGGAGUGAGGAUAUGCGAGGCAGGAGAGGAGGGCACUUUCUGGAGAGCGGGGAGGCGAGCGAAGAGAGAGGAGCGCUAAGAUCAGUGUCUGAAACGAGGAGAGGAGAGGUCGAAUAUAAUAGGGAAAGCGAGAGCGGUUACUGUGUUUAUUUAUUCGCAGGGUAUCAGCGACGUUUGUUGGGUUGCGUGAAUGAGUGAGAGGUGACCUGAGAUGAUCUUUACAGAGUGGACAGUGGAGUGGGGAGGAACAGGAGAGGUGUUGAAACUUGAGAGGUGACGCGAAGAGGGAAGGAGAGGACGGCAUAUUUUGUACGGGGCAUUCUAAGAGAAGGCUGCCGAUCUGAUGUGUACUGGCGUUGCCGUGCGGAGCGGGCGCAUGUUC